UACAGGACUGCCAGAGUUUCUUGCCCCGGUCUGAUCCCUCUCUACAGCAUUGCCAAUGCGUUCAACUCAAAUGUCGGACUCAAUCUUGGUACUGUGGAGGUGAAUGGUAUCCCGUAUUAUCCCAUCAAUGAGGAAGGAUCGAUUGGCGUUGGACGAGUCGCGAAUGUUCCAUUUGGAUCGUGGGGCGGUGGAUACUCGGAAAAUCUUGGUGUAAGGGACUACUGGUCACAAACAAUGGAAGUCGGCGCGAACUGGUAUGAGGGAAAGUACGGUUACAAAUCCGGAUGGAGUGUUCCUCUGGUACAAUCCCUCGGCAUUGAAGGCGACACGCAUGCUGUGGUAUCGGUGCCAACUAAACAGGGAGAGCUUGGCAAACCAAUAGGAGUGGAUGUUGGCGGCGGAGUAGGACCGUACUACCAGCAAAAUCAGCAUGUCGGAGUUGACUAUAUGAAUGGACAUGUAGGGACGAACUUUGGUGUUGGCGUUCCGUUUGCCGGUGUAGGGGUGAACACUGGGCUUGGAAUAUCCUUCCCGUCAGUCAAUGAUGUUGUCGGCUAG